AGACUAGUGUGCAGUGAAAUGACUCGAUGGAGCCUUGCAGUUGUUGGCUUUGACGCUGGAAAAAGGUAACCCACUUCUUGCUCUGCCGCUAGCGCUAGCUUGACACCGUAGCUGGGCAUUUGCGCGCUCAGCACUAGUCUUGCAAGCAUCAGCCUAGCCCGUCGUUAGUUAUUUCUCUGUCUCCAGUAAUUACUAGUAAAUCGAUCGCUCGAGCCCCAGAGGGCCAGAGCUGGUCACAGGAGGAGAGCGCGGUGGCGGUCGUCAUGGAGGAUGCUGGGCAGGAGCAGCAAGGAGGAAUCGCGAUCAGCGCGGCCCCAAUGAGAACUGGCGACAACGUCCGUAUUAGUAUCGAUUCCAAUUCAGAGGACGAAACUGGACCGUGCCUCAGCGAAGCCGGAGCUAUUGCCAGCCAGCUGCUGGAGGACGAACAAGUCAGGAAUGGCAACAUCAAUCGCCAAGUGACAGGUGUGUGGAGCUUGACUGCGACCACGGCUUUUGUCAACGGUACCUCGAAUCCUCAGAUCGAAAAUGGGGUUGUGCACCACCUGCGAGUUGGUGAUACGCUGUCGAUAGAACUGACCGUUGAUCGAAGGCUGCGGCUGCAGCGGCAUUCUGACAAUUUUUCCAGUACGUUUGUUUUCCCGGAACCGAUCGUAACGGACGAUGUCCAUUUCUUUAUCAGAUUGCGCAACGGGGUGGCGGUUUCACUGGUCGACGUCGCAGCUCCUGCGGCCUGAAUGUUGUCCAGAGCUGUACCAGACAGACCCAUGUGCCAGCUUAGCUGUGACGAGUUUCGGCAUCAGCCACUAGUGCGGCCACCGCUACGACCAGUGAGUCAGCACUCUGUGUGGCCACAUCUGACGACAUGCCAGCAGCCUGCCGAUUGUGGAGGCACAUCACGACCUGCCGACAAUUGACCUUCUCCCGCCGACAACGGCCUUGAAAAAUGUCCAAUUUUGACUCUAUUCUUGAUUUAGAAGUUAUGAUCUGGGUGGUUUUUUCAGUUUUCACUGAUUAUUAGGAGAAUUUCGUAAGGUGUCAAGCGAAAUAAUCGUCUGUCUCGAGAAAAAUCGGAAUAUUGAGUUCUAAUGAAUCUCACGUGAGCCAUGGAUUUUUUUAUUUUUACCGUGUACGUUUGUAUACUGGGGUUACUAGGCAUGGGAAUGGAUGCAUUCUAUUAUUUUAUCCUACUGGUGUAGGAACACUAGGAACAAAUCCCCCGGAUGAUGCAUUUUAUUUUUUCAUGCCACUGAUAUUUGGCUCAGAAGAAUGAUGUGGCAACACUGCAUGUGAUGGCGGUGUACUUUUUUUGGUGAUGCCCAUGAUCAGCUCAUUAGUGUCGACCCGCUGGCAGGCAGCGGUCUUAUAGUACAUCCAUCCCCGUUUUUUAUAUUAAAUUUUGUAAAAUGAUUCGAUGGGCAAUAAAUUAUUAUGAUUGGUGUCUCCUUGCCGUUUGUUUAAAAAAAUAUGAUUGGUAUUCGGUGUUCAAGAAUGUAUUGCCUUAUUUGCACUUGACGUGAUCCAUGACUGAGUUUGA